AUGGCUGAGUCGGAAUGUGUAAUGCACUUUUCAUUCGUAUUCGAUUCUGUCUCUGUAUUUCUCAUCAAAUAUGACCAACCAAUUCCCCAACCUUUAGAUUUCGGUUUCACUUCUGAGGAAGCAGGAGUAGGUAAAAUUGUUGGAGGUGAAGUGGGUAAAGCUGAAGCAGACGAAGGUGAAGUAGCUAUUGGCAUAAUUUGCACUGGUGUCGAUUUCUCCUCAGGAAACUUCCCCGGCAUAGAGAUCAUCUCACUCUUUGAUUCUUCCUUCGAUAACUUCAACUCAACCGCAUUAGCCGUAUUAUUAGGAACCGGUUUCCUUCUCACAUUAAACCCACUCUUAAUCCUCGCAUUCGCAAUCGCCAAAGAUUGA